CGAUAAUUGCAGCAAUGAGACUCUCGCGAAUCAGAGGACAGCGACAGGCGCUGUAUGUUAGGUUGGCAGUCCAAUGGUCACCUUUCCCACCCGAUCGCUCAAUACCCACACAAUUUUCGCAAACAUUCACGUCUGUGUCCCAUGAGCCUGCCCUGCGUUCAGUCAAGCGUCGUCCGCCGAUACCGCAGAAACCACCGCUUUUGGGCCUACCAAAGGACAAGCUGAAGGACUUGUUGGUUGGGGACCUGCUUCCAGCGAAAAUUCAGAAUGUAAUAUCUCAGCGCCCAUACGUGGUAGAUCAGAUAUGGCGGUUUCUAUAUAGACGAGGCGUAGAGAGCUUCGAUGAGAUGACUUCACUGAGAAAGGAUAUGAGAGAAGCUCUGGCAAACUCUUGUGAGUUGGGAGUUGGUACAGUCAAGAAGGACUGUAUAUCGAAGGACGGUACGCGAAAGUGGUUGUUGAAUUUUGGGGGACGUGCCGAGGUCGAAACAGUCAUAAUACCAAGCCAGCAUGGGGAUAAUGGAACAGUUUGCGUAAGCUCACAAGUCGGAUGCUCCUUGGCUUGCAGCUUCUGCCAUACAGGGACGCAGAAACUCCUCCGAAAUCUGUCGAGUAACGAGAUACUCUUUCAAGUGAUGCAUGCAAUGCGCUCUGUAGGGGACUUUCCUCUCAAUCCGGGCAAACCACGCAAAAUAUCCAACGUCGUGAUGAUGGGCCAAGGAGAACCACUGCUCAAUUUCCGGAAUGUUUCGGCAGCCAUCUCUAUCCUCACUUCUCCCUCCGCUCUUGGACUGUCUCCAUGGAGAAUAACUCUCAGUACAUCGGGUGUCGCACCGUUGAUGGAGCGUGUUGGAAAGGAUUUGGGUUGCGGACUGGCCGUUUCACUACAUGCUGUGAAUGAUGCAUUACGUGAUGUUCUGGUUCCACUCAAUAAGCAAUAUCCGAUCAAAGAAGUCCUCGCUGGAUGUAAAAGAUACCUGGACCACAUGCCCCCAACGAGUAGACAUCGAAGAAUCACCUUUGAGUAUGUAAUGCUAGACGGAAUCAAUGAUUCGAUGGCGGAUGCUCGGCAGCUUGUGAAACUCAUAGGCGGUCUGCCUUCGCACGUCAACUUGAUACCAUUCAAUCCCUGGCCUGGAUCACAGUACGAACCGUCAUCAGACCAAGUGAUACAGCGCUUCUCGAAAUGCAUCCAGGAUCAUAAUAUCCCUUGUCACGUUCGGACUCCACGCGGACAAGAUAUUCUGGCCGCAUGCGGUCAGCUCAAGAGCUCGGAAGAAUUGAAACGGAUCGGAAAGCAGGUUGUAUAGACAUAUGCACGGUUGCUGCCACAUCGUCCGAACCCCUUCCCGAUGCGUAUGUCCAACUCCUCCGCGGAUUCGCGUAAUCAUAAAGAGCAUAUUCAGAUCCCCUAGUAAAGCACUGUAACAUAACCAUUUGCAAUGCGUAUGUAAAUAUAUUAUCGCAAUCUAGAAUAGAAUUGCACUGAACCCAA